AUUCAUUUUCACAAACAUUCUUGUUUGAGAUAGUGAUAAAGUUUCAUAUUAGUUCAGGUUACAAUACUGUAUAAAUUGUCACUAUGUGUGAAUUGGACAGCCACUGUAUAGACUAAUCAUUUCUUUGUCAGUGGGCAAAUGUACAAAAUCAUCAGGGGUUCAAAUAAUUUUUUCCCUCAUUGUAUAUAAAUCUGUUUAAUAAAUGAAUAAAUAUAAAUUGGAAUGAAUUAGACUUGAUCUUCCUAGAAUUGCUAAUAAUUUGGACUUGCUUAAGUAUUUGGAAUAUAGUUUGGGUUCUGAUUUUGGGGUAUUUUUAUUCCCACAAAGUUGUUUCAACUAGCAGUUUAAUCUCAAAACUAAUUUACAUUAUUUUACAUAAUUUAUAGUGAAUUUAUAUAUUGUUAAAUAAUUCUAUGCCAUGUGCAUUAUUAAAGGUUUUUCAUUGCAUACACACAGUUGUUGGAAAAAAUGCUUUAAAUUUAUAUGCUUACAAGCCAAUAGUUAACAAUUCAUUUUAAUUUAGGUUACUGAUUAGGACAAGACAUUUCAGAAUUCAAAUUCUUUCUGGGCUCACCUUGAAAGUUACUACUUGACCCCAUCAAAAUCAUGGCAGACAAUGAAAUCUAUUUUAUAACAUCCCUCUUUCCUUACCUACCAGUCAUCUAUUAUCUAUCUCAUUAUUCAUGAAAUGUUCAUGUUAUAUAGAUAAACAUCAGUUUAAAAAAAGCCAAUAAAUCUAUUUUGGGAGGUAAACUGGGCCUCUUGUAAUAUUAGUAUUUUAGAUCAGUUGACUUCUGAUGGUGCAGUUUUUAAAACUUAUAGAUUGUAAAAUUGAAUUUGAUUUAUCUCACAGUAUUUUUUAAUUCAACUUAUACAUAUAUUAUAGAGACUGUUCAACAUCCAUUAGAGAUUUUGGAAUCAGAGUUUAAAAUUACCAUUUUCAUCUCAGAGAAAAUGAGAUGAUAAAGAAUCUGAGAAGAGUUGAAAAGAAACUGCUGGAUUCAUGGUAGAAUGAAUGAAUGGAGUGUAUCAGGGCCAGAAAAGAGGAGAGCAAAUAACCUAUGCCUGAAACACAGGGCUUGCAAGAUAAACAAAUUCUCCAUUUUCUAAUUGAGUUAGUAACAGUAGAGUUUCUAGGAAAACUCUGUCAGCAUAAAGUCUUGCCUACUACAGGGUUGCUAACAACUAAAGUCUUCUUUUGUGAGCAGCUUUGACCAAACUUUUCCUUGAUUGUCUAGACCAGGGGUGUCAAAUUGCCGUCAUGGCAUCCCACCCCAUUGCCAGCAAUGCAAAAAAAGUCACGAUAUGUCGCCACACGUCACAUGACAUUGCGGGUUUGACACUCCUGGCCUAGACCUUCUUGUUGUGAUGUUGUGCUGUUAAUCUAUUCCCCUCAGUACUGUGAUGUGCUGAACUAGUAUACUUUGUUUUUCAGCUUUAGACUUAGCUUUCAUUUGGUGAAUCCUCCCUAGAUUUUCAAUUUUUAUUCUUAGAACAGAACACAAAGCUAGCAAUUAAUUUUACCUGUAUUUGAAGAAACUAGUUGGGUGCAUUUGAAUAUCACAUAUAGCCUUAAUCAUAACAUAGUUUGGGACUAGCAUAUUCUUCAGUAGCUUUCCUGCACAAUUGUUGGUUCUUCCUAGAAAUAUUUGGAGUAAUUUUUGUUUUAAAGUAGCUGUCUUGUAGGAUGGUUAUGCAGGUCUUCUAAAUACAGAUAGUUCUCAUUUAGCAACAAUAAUCAGGACCAGCAACUUCGUUAAGCGAAACAGUUGCUAAGUGAAACCAUGUCUGUGCUUAUGAUCUUACUUCAGCUUUCUCUUGUCUUACAGACUUCCAAAGUCUGUUUAGUGAGGACUGAUAAUAAAGUUAUUUUCCAUCAUCAUCACAACUGCAAAUGGUCAUUAAAUAAGACAGUUGCUAAUUCUAAUAUAACACUUUGGUAUACACUGUGAUUUGCAUCAUGCAGAAAGUCAUAUUCUUUGUUGAGAUUAAAUGUUUAAUUAUUUUUCAAAAGCAUUUCAAAAGUGUGGUGGACAGAGGCAGUUACUGAACAAAUCUGUUCACAUUUUUGUUGUAUUGCUGACAUAGAUACUUGGAGAAUCAAACACUUUUUAUCAAAAUAUGAAAGCAACAUUGACCUGUUGCAAUGCAGGCUCUUCUCUUUUGUACAUACACAGGAUAUGCCACAUGUACAAAGGUGGCAGAGCUUGCCUCAUGUUAGUGCCACACUGUUUUUCAUUUGUACUCAUUCCCAGCUAAUGGACUCCCCCCAUUGCAAAUACCCUUGUGUUUUAAUUUGCAUUCCAUCCAUGUAUGUAUGUGCGACCCAGAAACAAGCAAUUAUUUUAAAUUUCAUAACUCAUGUUUACUUGAACGUUUGUUUUUAAGAUCAUUUAAGUGUAAAUGGUUAGUCAUUCCUUACACCUCUUCAGAACUAAUAAAAUGAAACAAAGAACAAUUUUUGAGUUCUUCUUACUGUAUUGAGAUUGUUCUUUGUUACUGAUAGUAAACAAGUUGCUAAUGUUAAUCGCAUUAGAGCCAAAAGUCUGAAUGUGGCAGAAGGUCUCUUUUUUGUGUUAAUCAUUUCUUACAGAUAACCUGUAGCAUUGGUGGCAGGUUCCUGUUUACCUUGAAGAGAUGGUGCUGAGACACAAGGUUGCUAAGAGCUGUCAGAUGACACUUGCUCACAUGAGACCAUUAAGAGGGUGUUGCCUCCUGUUUUAAAACAAGUUUGCAACUGAAGAGUCAGUGAGAAAGCAGCUACCUUUCUGUUGAAGGCCAUCUGGUUAGGUCUUGUGAUCAAAUAAUAAUUGCUAGUUACAGAAACAAACCAGGAAGCAUGACUAUCAGAGUUCUUCUUUGCUAGCAACAAAACUGGCAGCAUUUAUAAGAACAAGCAAGUUAUUCUAUGUUUUUAAAGAAGUUAUUGCUAUAACUUUUAAUAGUAAAUGGUUAAAUUUUAUCUAAAGAAGUAAUACUGAUUGCAGAAGAUAUUCAGCUGUGAUUUGUUUUUUCUUAAAAAGGCCAAAUCAGUGCUAGCCAAUUUUUGUCUGACAUUUCUUUCAUGAGUAGUUUAUUACACAGUAAUCUCUGUGGAUACUUAAAUAUAAAAUCAUUAUUUUGAAGAAAUCAUGCCUAUAACAGCAUGUCUUGAAUUGAAAAUGUGUGGAGGUACAUCAAAAUCAUCUAACAGUAUAGGCAACCAGGCGCAGAAAUCAAGUCAUUGUUCCCCUACUUCACUAGUGAAUAGCUUUUCAACACCAAGAGUGGAUAAGGCAAAGAAAUCAGUUGUGGCAGAAAAGAGUUCCAAAUUUUCAAAGAGGUUUACUGGAGAACUAUCUAAAAGCUGGUCCUGUUCUGGGUUUGAUCUAAAUGAAAUCCGCUUGAUAGUGUAUCAAGAUUGUGAAAGACGGGGCAGACAAGUCUUGUUUGAUUCUACAGCUGUCCGAAAGACUGAUGAGAAACAGUUUCAGGAUGCCUCUGGAAAAACAGAUGGUGGGUGCUGCCAAAGAAACAGUGGUAUUAACACAGCUUACCCCCAUAGCCCUUCGGUGAACAGCAGAGAACCUGGCAAGGAAGAUAUUCCUAAAUAUCAGUAUGUCAGACCUGCUUCUGAUGUCAACAUGCUAGGUGAGAUGAUGUUUGGUUCAGUAGCAAUGAGUUACAAAGGCUCAACACUGAAAAUUCACUACAUACGCUCUCCUCCACAACUUAUGAUGAGUAAAGUGUUUUCUGCUAGAGUAGGCAGCUUCUUUGGAAGUACGAAUAGCUUGCAAGGUAGUUUUGAAUACAUCAGUCAAGAUCAAUCAAGGCUGAAUUUGCAUUCAAAUGGCUUGGGCCAGUGUCAGAAUGGAAGUACUCUAGGUGUGUUACCACCAUGUAGCAACAUGUUGCUUCAUGGUAUACCUGAAGGAGGGGCUUUCUGGCUCAUGCAGAGUGCUUUCUUUGCAGCACAUAGCACUCCUGUUGACAUGCCGAGUAGAAGUCAAAAUGGAGACAGAGACAGUGGCAUUGCUCGAUCAGCAUCUCUGAGUAGUCUUUUGAUGACUCCAUUAUCAUCUCCCAGCUCCUCUUCUAGUUACCAGCGCCGCUGGCUUCGAAGUCAAACCACAAGCUUGGAAAAUGGCAUUACACCUACACCUAGAAGGUCAAUUGAAGAAACGUUCAGUAUGGCAGAUGAAAGCUGUGGCCUCAGUCCUGCACUGAUUCGAAGGAAGAAAAUUGCGAUCAGCAUCAUUUUCACCCUUCCUGAGAAAGAAGAGGACCAGAGAAAUUUCCAGGAUUUCUUCUUCUCUCAUUUCCCCUUAUUUGAAUCACAUAUGGGCAAGCUGAAAAGGGCAAUUGAAAUGGCUAUGAUCACAUGUAGAAAAAUAACAGAAACAAACCAAAGAGUGCAAGUUUACAUUAGCCAUAUUAUGGAUGCACUGGAUGUAUUUAGAACUACAAUAUGGAAUUUAUACACAGUUCCAAGGAUUGCAGAACCUGUGUGGCUUACUAUGAUGGCCUGUGCUUCAGAAAAGGACCUGUUAUGCCAACACUUUCUCAAGGAAUUUGCUGUUUUGAUAGAACAGAGCAGCAAAAACCAGUUUUUUGCUGCUCUGUUAACAGCAGUGUUAACCUAUCAUUUGGCCUGGGUCCCUACUGUGAUGCCAAUUGAUCAUCUCUCUAUCAAUGUUUUCUCUGAGAAACAUGCCUCACCAUCUGUGAACAUGCUGGCAAAAUCACAUCCGUACAAUCCACUUUGGGCACAACUUGGUGAUUUAUAUGGUGCUGUAGGUUCACCAGUCAGAAUGGCAAGGACAGUAAUUGUUGGAAAACGUAACGAUUUUGUUCAGCGCAUUCUCUAUGUCCUUACUUAUUUCUUACGGUGUUCUGAGUUGCAAGAGAAUCAUCUGUUCUGGAAUGGGCAGCUUGGCAAAGGAGAGCAAGCUGUGAAUGGAAGGAAAAUCAUAAAGACUCUAGAAAAGGGAGAAGUUGAAGAAUCUGAUUAUGUGGUUGUCACAGUUCAAAACGAACCUGCUCUUGUACCUCCUGUCCUGCCUCGAAAGAAUGGUGGUGGUGGUGCUGAUGUUGCUGCAGAACAUGAACGCUGCUUUGAAUCUGCCUGCUUCAAGGGCAGGCGUGAGAGGCUGAAUGCCAAGUGCAGUUCUGAAGCAUCCCCUUGCUUCUCCAGAGUUAUCUCCCCAAAAGGAAUUGUAGGGGAAAUUAAGAAAGGGAAAACUUCAGUUAAUUCAGAAACUGCAUGUGGAAGGCAUGGUUUAUUAGAGGAUUUAACUGCAAGAAUGAAUGAGGACAAGCAGCACAGUGUUACAGGGCAGUUGUUUCAAAACUUGACAGCUGUUCCACAUUCUAAGAAGAUUGCCCAGGUGUAUUCUCAACUGGAGAAAGUUACCUUCCAAAUUGGAAGCUCCACCUCACCAGAAUCUGAUUCUGAAACCCAAAGAAUGGAAAUAAACAAAACUCUGGAGAAACGCAGAAGUAAAACUAAAUCUCUAUGUACUCUAUCAAGUCCAUUACAUAUAACAUCUAGGGUCUCACAAGAGAAAUCUGACUUCUGUCUUAAAACCUGCACUAGCCAGAAAGUUAGUGAAACACAAAUGUCAGGGGCACCUUGGCUGCUGUCAGUUCCACAAUCUGUCAUUCUUGGCAGAAUGGUAAACCUGGGGAAACCAGAUCAAGUUUAUAAUACAAGCUGUGAAAACUUGGAGAGAAAUUCUCUUGACUGUGAUUCAGGAGGUUCUACUGAUGUACAGAGGUCUGGCCAAGCAGUUACCAAGAAAAUCCCCUGUGGGGAUGUCAAAAGCAAAUUCCAUUGUAGAACGGAGGAGAACAUUCCUAGAAACGAAAGUUCUGAUAGCGCUCUUGGGGACAGUGAUGAUGAAGGUUGCAUGUACAUUCCAGACAAGCAGUCAAUCACUGUUAACUGUAGGCCUGAAGAAUUUUUAGAAGUGGAACUUGCUUUGCCAAGAUUUUGCACAGUUAGUACUCAAAGCAUGAUACAUUUUGGAAGGUCACUUUUGGGGGGCUAUUGUACCUCUUAUAUGCCUGAUCUAGUGCUGCAUGGAAUAAGUUCUGAUGAACAACUUAAGCAACAUUUAUCAGCUGAGUUGAAUCACGCCAUAAAUCAUCCUGUACUAGAUGAAUCUAUAGCAGAAGCUGUUUACAUUAUAGCAGAUGCUGAUAAAUGGACAGUUCAGGUGGCUACUAGCCAGAAAAAGAUGACUGACAGUAUAAAACUAGGCAAAGAUGUCCUUGUCUCCAGCCUAGUAUCAUCUUUAUUACAGUCUGUUUUACAACUUCACAAGCUUAAUCUUUCUGCUGACUUUUGUAUAAUGCACCUUGAGGAUCGCCUACAGGAAAUGUACCAUAAAAGCACAAUGCUAUCUAAAUAUUUGCGAGGACAAACAAGAGUUCAUGUGAAAGAGCUUGGAGUGGUAUUGGGGAUUGAAUCCAAUGACUUGCCACUGCUGGCUGCUAUAGCAAGUACUCAUUCACCAUAUGUAGCUCAAAUACUCCUCUAAACUAAAGAUAAACUCUACUCUCCCAAAGAUUUGGGAGUGAAUAAAAGUCACAAAAGAAGAGAUUUUAUGACAGCAGUUCAUUAUGUCUCAUUUGGUUUCCUGCCUUUUAUGUGGAUAUUUAUCAGUGAAUUUUUAGUUUACAUAAUAUAAAAGAGAUUCGGGAUUUUUAUAUUGUUCAUGCAUCCUUGUAUUUUAAUGAAUGAAAGGAUUAAACAUUAAUGAUGGAUAUGUUGUUUAUAUAUAGCAGCUAACUAAACAGACUGUCAAAAAUACAAUUUUCUUCUUUUGGCAUUUGUCAUAUUUUUCUGAAUUUCUUCAAUAAGGGGGUCUAAGCAAAUUGUUUGAACAUAUAUUUUCCUGUGUCUGUAUAAAUAAUAUGAUAAACCAAUAUAUCUGUCUGCACCGAACUGCCUCUCUUUAGAAGAAGGGCUCAGAAUUCAGCUAUUAGGUAACAACUUGGUUGGCUGGCUAGUUCUUCAAAUGGGUAAAGAAAGCCAAAAGACUUUCAAGUUUUAUUCAAAAAGAAGAGGAGGGAGAAGAAGAAGGAAACUUUUGUGUCAUCAGUAAAUAAAAGUGGGGGGAAACUGGCAUAAGUCUGCUUCAAAUUUACCUUAUUGCAAAUGAAGGUCUCAUCGUGAAUUCUAAUUUCUGAUUUAUGUGAAAAAGUAGAUGAAAUGUGGAAAUUUAUCCUGUGCUACCAGCAAAAAAAAAAAAAAAAAGCUAAGAAAAAUAUGGUUAUAAAC